AUGUCGACCGAUAAUAGCAUCGUGUUACCCGUCGUCGAUCUGAGUGGGUAUCUUCACCCCACAUCUCCAGCGGACAAAGCAAGAGUCAUCGCAGAGGUGCGAGAGGCGUGCUCGGAAUAUGGAUUCUUCCAAGUCAAGGGUCAUGGUGUGCCCCUCGACAUGCAAAAGGCGCUGCUACAAAGUUUGAGAAACCUUUUCAGCUUGCCACAAGAAGAGAAACUCAAGCUUUCGUUUCUCAACAACCCCUGUCGUCGUGGAUAUGAAGCGUCGGGAAUGUCUGUACGCGAGGGCGAUGCCAUGGCUGAUUCGAAAGAGCCUUUUUGGGUGCAAAAGGCCUUCUACAUUGGACGAGAAGAUCCAGUCAUAGAGCGGCCGGGCUUCUAUGGCCCCAAUGUUUGGCCUGAUCUCGCAGAAGAAGACUUUCAUGGUCCCGUGUGGGAAUACUACCAAGCAACGGACAAACUCGGUAAAAUGAUCUGGGAAAUCCUGUUACAGGGUCUUGGUCACCCACCUUCUUUGAUGGAGGCUUUUUCCAAAAGGCCCUUCGUGCAGAUGAAGAUGAUCCGUUACCCACCAGCAUCUGCAACGCUUCCCGGACAGUAUGGCGUGGGUGCUCACACGGACUUUGGCGGCGUCACCGUCUUGCUCCAGGAAGCAGGCCGAGAGGGACUCGAGGUAUGGCACGAAGGCAGACAGGAAUGGCUCCCUGUCCCAGCGAUGGAGAAUAUGUAUAUCAUCAAUUGCGGUGAUAUGAUUCAAAACUGGUCUGGCGGCCAAUACAAAAGCGCUAAACAUCGGGUCAUUAACAAAUCCGAUCACGAGAGGCUCUCGUGUGCGACAUUCUGGCAUGGUGAUGUUGGCGCAAGCAAUCCUCUGAAUCCGAGCGACCCUGAUCGAGAGACAGUCGGUCAGCUUCUCGUCAAGCGCUUCGGUCGUCAAUUCAGUUUGUCAAAGACAGUUGUUGAACAGGUUCGGGCAUCUUGA